AUGGCUAAACGCACCAAGAAGGUGAGAAUCGUGGGUAAAUACGGGACUCAUCAAGGUGCCUCCCUCAGGAAAAUGGUGAAGAAAACUGAAAUCAGCCCGCACACCAAGUACACUUGCUCCUUCGGUGGCAAAACCAAGAUGAAGAGACGAGCUGUUGGGAUCUGGCACUGUGGCUCCUGCAUGAAAACAGUAGCUGGUGGUGCCUGGAGUUACAGCACCACUUCUGCCGUCACAGUAAAGUCUGCUAUCAGAAGACUGAAGGAGUUGAAAGACCAGUAG